CCAUGUAGCAAGCCAAUGCCUUAUGGACUUCAUCCCGGGAUGUCUGUCUAUGUCCAAGGGAUGGUGCGCAGUUCUACCAACAGCUUCCGGGUGAAUUUUACCUGCGGGAACGACAUCGCCCUGCACUUCAAUCCCCGCUUUAAGGGCCACGACACCAUUGUCUUAAACACCUUCCAGGGGGGGAAGUGGGGAAAGGAAGAGCGCCAUGGGAUGCCCUUCCAACUGGGCCAGCACUUUGAGAUCGUCUUUAUCGUCACCAACGAACAUUACAAGAUCUCCGUGAACCGGAACCACUUCUGUGAGUUCAGGCACCGGAUCCCCCUGAACCAGGUGCAGGAGGUGAACGUCGAUGGAGACAUGGAGCUGCAAUCUCUGAAUGUCCUCGGCGGGGGAAUGCCAGCCCAGCCUCCAAUGGGAAUGCCGGGCGUGAUGCCAACUCCCGGAUUCCCACCUGGAAACUACCCUGGCAUGAUGCCGAAUCCUGCCUACCCAAACCUCCCUAUGAUGAUGGCCCCAGCCGCCUACAAUCCGCAAGUGCCCUACAGGAGCAAUUUCCCGGGAGGUCUGGGCUCAAAAAGGACCGUGGUGGUCAGAGGAUUUGUCCCACCAGAUGCCAAAGGUUUCCGGAUCAAUUUCAGAGCUGGCGGCAAAGAUAUAGCCUUACACAUUAACCCCCGCUUGAACGAGCGGACCAUUGUGCGGAACAGCUUCCUAAAUGGUGCCUGGGGCCGUGAAGAGCGAGAGCUGCCCGUCAACCCCUUUCAGCCUGGACAGUACUUUGAUCUUUCCAUCCGCUGUGGGAACCAGCGCUUCAAGGUCUUUGCCAACGGCCAGCCGCUCUUCAACUACGAGCACCGUUUCCGCAAUUUCCCGCAGAUCGACACCCUGGAAAUUGAUGGGGACGUGGUGCUGUCUUAUGUCCAGUUCUGAGCUGAGAAGCGAGCGGUCGGGAGAGCUGAGACUCCCUCUGGCUCCAAUGCCUGAUGGGAGGAGGAUAUCGUAAAUGGCGGCGUCAGUAAAGCCUUUUGUUUUGAA